UGCAGUGUCGGUAGACAAUUGUAGCGAAUGUUUUUCGUAUACACUGGAGGCUGAAGUGAAAAUUCUGGGGCAGAAGUUAGGCAUGAGAAAUCAGUGAGACAUAAGAGAGCCAUCCUUGCAAGAAAAAAAAUGUUGUAUUCAAAAAAGAUACUAAAACUAUGGACGUCUUUGGUCACAUUGUGUGCACUUGCUCUUGGCGCUGCUUUGCUAUGGUCUGCAAUGCAGUCAAAACCAGGCGAGUUUAAAUACGUGGCAGUUGGAAAAACAAAAUCCGGCAUGAAUAUCAGUUCUCAUGAGCAUGAAGACAGUAAAAGAAUAGUUCCUGGAAGAGAUGCCAACACCAAAGCAAAUGGAUCAUAUAAAAACGAAGAGAUUUCGUUUUCAAAGUUUUCAACAAUGAAAUGCUCCAAUUUACCCUUGGUGUCUCCAGAUGUACCGCUAACCCAGCAGUGGAUGCCUGUCAUUCUCCCUUCAAACGAUUCUCUGGAUUAUGUUUUCGCAGCAUACCUCUACACCAAUGAUGGCAGACGACGGGUGGUUGUUACAUCCAUGACUUCUAAAAACCACGUUCCAUUUGUUUGUCAGAUUUGGGCCCGGUCUAAAGGUUCGGAAGGCAAAGUAACUCACCGGAUUACACCCUGCUCGGGAAGAGCAGUCAUGACUCCUGGGCUUUUCAAAGCCACUCUCCUUUAUUGUACCAUCAAGACUGACGAAGAGCCGUUUGCAGUUUCAAUUGUACAGGCUAAAGACCCGUGUUCAGCCCCUCACAAUGUUUUAAGAAUCCAGGAUGCUAGUUUUCCAGGCGACAAGAACGUAACUGUUGCCGUAUGCGUUAAGCCUCUUUACGGAAGUUAUGGUGGCUUUAAUAGGACUGCAAGAUUGGUUGAAUUUAUUGAAAUUUACACAAUGCUUGGCGCCGCCUUUUUCACUAUGUAUGCUUUUGAUCUAAAUUACAACGUAACUUAUCCUAUUUUAAAAUAUUACAAGCAAGAAAAGCGACUCUCCAUUAUACCGUGGCACGCACCGCCAAACCUGAAACAAUUUGUCAAUUAUCCAAAGAGAUGGUACAGAGAUAUUGGGCAAACCAUAGCCCAAACUGACUGUCUUUACAGAAGUAUGAGGAAGUACACUCACGUAGCCAUGGUAGACAUUGAUGAAUUUCUCAUUCCUAGAUCCAACAUGACUUUCCAAAAACUAUUCAGUGUGUUACCAAAACAUCAAGGAGUGUAUACAUUUCGGAACAGGUUUUUCCGGAUGGACAAUAACCCUCAAAGGCUCUCUGCUGCUUUCAAGGAUUCAAGGAUUCGAAAAUACCGACCAAAAACUAUUAUAGCUCCCCGUGGAAUGCGAGCUAUAGAUAAAAGACCGAAGUACAUUGCUCUUGCAAAGGGCACAUGGGGUGCUUUGACACACCGCGCAAAAUUAAACCAUGGUUACAAAGACUAUGUGGUUCCAGUGGAACUAGGGGCUAUGCACCAUUAUCGAGACUAUAUUAAAAGUCUGGCUGGAGAAUAUGAUCCAUAUAUGUUAUCAUAUAAAGAGGAAAUACUGCAAAGGAUGGAAUAUGUGUUCAAUGAAACAAAGGCGAUGCUAGUGAAUUAACUCUAGCAUGUAUAUCUGGAAUACAUGUAGGUAUAAUAAGCUGUUACAAUUAACC